UCGUGUAAUGCUCCCUCGCCUCUCCAUUUAUAUCCAAACAAACAAACAAAAGCAGAGUUUUCUCUCAGAAAAAAAAAUAAAAAAAAUGUCGAGAGCUACCUUUGAGUUUGAUUUCUUUGGAAUGGAGAAAGCGAACUCCUGCAAUUCUCAGUUCCAGAAAUUCCUCGAUCGCCGUCGGAGCUUGCGAGGUAUUCAAGGAGCCAUUUCGAAGAUGAAUCCUGAGCUGAUUAAGUCUGUGAUUUCCUCCGAUUCGUCGAACCAGAGUCCGGUUGAUUGGAGAAAGUCUUUUUCAGUGCCUUCGAGUCCUGAAGAAGAUCGGACUAGUCCGGUUCCUUCUUUACCUAUUCUGAAUCCUGCCUUAAGAGCUUCUGAGGACGGUCCUGAAACAGCUCAGCUGACGAUUUUCUACAACGGAACGGUUUCUGUGUUCAAUGUUCUUCGUGACAAGGCGGAGAGUAUUUUCAAACUUGCUGUUGAAGGAAGCUCAAAAAAUGUCGAAUCGACUGAUUCAUCAAAAGUUGCUAAUCCUUCGAGCAAUCAACAAAACCUUCUCGAAACUCGUAAUGCAGAUUUACCAAUUGCUCGAAAGAAGUCGCUGCAGAGAUUUCUGGAAAAGCGUAAAGAGAGGAUGACUUGUGCAUCACCUUAUGUUUGGUAGUCGUUAUACCUAAAACAAAACGAGUUUAUUGAGGAAAGGGUAGCCCACCUUUGUUUUCAAACCCUACAUUGGAGAUGCUAGAAAAUGGAGCCGACGAGAGGAUGGGUUUA